AUGACGUCCAACACUGCCGCAUGGAUCACGGCCGCCAAAGCCAAACCAUUUGAGAUCAAACCAUAUCCUCUCUCGACACCGGGAGCAAACCAAAUUCUCAUAAAGAAUCACGCACUUGCGGUCAAUCCAAUCGAUGGAAAGCUCCAGGCGUUGGCUAUAUUGCCACUGAAAUAUCCGACCAUCCUUGGGGAGGACGUUGCUGGCAAAGUCAUUGCUGUUGGGUCAGAUGUCACACUGUUCAAAACAGGGGAUCGUGUGAUUGGCAAUGCAGCUGGUUUUGGGACCAAACGAGAUGAGGACAAGGGGUUUCAAGCCUACACUAUUCUCGAGACAAACAUGGCGUGUAGGAUUCCAGAUACCAUCUCUUUUGAACAGGCGGUCGUACUCCCGUUAGCCGUUUCCACUGCCUCUUCUGGCCUUUUCAAUCCGGACUUCCUCAACCUCCAGCUCCCGACCGAGCCGGCACAGAGUCCGACUGACAAGUCGUUGUUAGUUUGGGGAGGUGCAUCGAGCGUGGGUAGCUGCGCGAUCCAACUUGCUGUCGCAGCGGGUUAUGAAGUAGUGACGACAGCGUCGCCUAAGAAUUUCGAAUAUGUCAAGAAGCUUGGAGCACAAUAUGUCUUUGACUACAACAGCACUAGUGUCGUCUCGGACAUUGUAACUACAUUGAAAGGCAAAGUCAUCGCUGGUGCUUUCGAUGCAGUCGGGGGUGCAGCGUGGGCACCAACUGUAGCCGUUGUCGAACAGUCCGAAGGCGUUAAGUUCGUGGCAACCGUGACGCCUGGAUUUCCAGACCCACCUGAUGGAAUCAGCAUGAGACAGGUAUACUCAUUAUCUAUCAUGGAUAAUCACGUUGGGAAGGCUGUUUAUGAAGAUUUCUUACCAAAUGCGCUUCAAGCUGGAUCUUUUAUCCCCGCCCCGGAACCCCUGGUCGCAGGAAGAGGACUCUCGAGUAUCCAGACAGCUGUGAAUCUCCAACGGGAGGGGACUUCGGCUCAGAAGGUUGUCGUUGUACUCGACACUUGA